AUGGCUCGCGGACCUAAGAAGCACCAGAAGCGCCUUAGUGCGCCUUCGCACUGGCUCCUGGACAAGAUGUCCGGAACCUAUGCUCCCAAGGCCUCCCCCGGUCCCCACAAGCUCCGGGACUGCCUUCCCCUGAUUGUCUUCAUCCGUAACCGUCUCAAGUACGCCCUGAACGGUCGCGAGGUCAAGGCCAUCCUGAUGCAGCGUCUGGUCAAGGUCGACGGCAAGGUCCGCACCGACUCCACCUUCCCCGCUGGAUUCAUGGACGUCAUCUCUCUCGAGAAGACCGGCGAGCACUUCCGUCUCAUCUACGAUACCAAGGGCCGUUUCACCGUCCACCGCAUCCAGGCUGAGGAGGCCGAGUUCAAGCUCUGCAAGGUCAAGCGUGUUCAGCUCGGCAAGGGCGGGAUCCCAUUCUUGGUUACGCACGAUGCGCGAACCAUCCGCUACCCCGACCCUGCCAUCAAGGUCAACGACACUGUCAAGGUCGAGACCGCCACCGGCAAGAUCGUUGACUUCGUUAAGUUCGACACCGGUGUUGUCAUCAUGGCUACUGGUGGUCGCAACAUGGGUCGUGUUGGUGUCGUCACUCACCGUGAGCGCCACGAUGGUGGUUUCAACAUCGUCCACGUCAAGGACGCUAUUGACAACACCUUCGCUACCCGCGAGUCCAACGUCUUCGUCAUCGGACAGGAGAAGCCUUGGGUUUCCCUGCCCAAGGGCAAGGGUGUCAAGCUCUCCAUUGCUGAGGAGCGUGACCGCCGCCGUGCCACCGCCAUUGCCAACUAA